AUGGUGGCAGGCCGUAAAAGAACCAGUCUGUGUUUCGCAGCUUUAUUACGUCACCGCGCAGUGCUUCUCUCAUCAUACGUCAACAAAAUGAGUGACCUGUUCCCAUACCACUUCCAAAAUGAGAAUGUGGAUUUCUUUGUGGAUAUUCAUGCACACUCGACACUAAUGAAUGGAUUUAUGUACGGCAAUGUUUACGACGAUGCAACUCGUUAUGAGAAGCAAGCUGUAUUUCCAAAACUCAUGUGUGGAAAUGCUGAUGACUUCUCUAUGAUGAAUACAUCUUUCAAUCGUGAUGCUAUGAAGGCUGGAACGGGACGUCGAUUCUUAGGCGGCAUUCUCAACAAGAAUACCAUGUGUUAUACUCUAGAGGUGUCCUUCUUUUGUUACACUCUGAAUCAAGGCAGUUCUAUAUACCCAUAUGAUGAAGAUAGCU